UAAGCUAUUGCAAGCAUUUUGUUUUGUUUGUUUUCGUUGGUGUUCUUUAAAAUAAGCAAACUGCAUGUCCUCGAAAAUUGAGAGAUGGCAAACCAAGAGAUAAGCUUAAAGUGGAAUGGGUAUCAAAGUAAUAUAUUAACAAAUGUAAAGGAACUUUAUAAAGACGAAGGUUUGUCGGAUGUCACCCUGGUUACAGAAGGGCAUAGUUUCAAAGCACAUAAAGUAAUUCUGUCUGCAAAUAGUUCCGUUUUCAAAACUAUAUUUCAGCAAAACCCCCACAAGGAUCCAAUUAUAGUUCUUCAUGACAUCAAUACCGCCUCUUUACAAACUCUCUUGACUUUUAUGUAUAAUGGCGAGGUUAAUGUAACCGAGGAUUUUCUGCCCGUUCUUCUGAAGACUGCAGAAACGUUGAGAAUUUGUGGUUUGUCUACUGGCAGUGAGUCGCGCGAAGAUGACAAAAUUCCUGCAUCUAAUUCAAAGAAACGUAAGAAGAGCGAAAUAGAAGAUAAUAAUAAUAAACCUAAGAAGCCUCACACCACGCAGUACAAAUCAGAUGUAGCUACAAAUGUCAUCAAUGCUGACUCUCUAAAGAAUACUGCCAUAGUACCCAAAGUUGAACCUGUUGAUUCACCAUUAACUGAUUACUCUGGAGAAAACACCAACGAUACAGAUAUUGCAUUGCUUGAAGAUGUGGAAAAGAAGUAUUCAAUAAGUCCAGAAAGUUCUUCUACUAAAUCUAUGUGCUCGAUGGUACAGAAAGACCGUAGUGUAAAGAAAUGGAUUAACGAAGUCAGUAGUACACAGCCUUGUCUUAACGUAGUUGAUAAAACAAAUGGCAUUGAUAUUGAUGAAGAUAAAGAUAGCGUAGAGAUUGAUAAAGAAGUUGAAAAUGUAUUGCAAAGCGGGACAAUUGUGGAGAGUUUGAGUAUAACAACAGAUAGCCUGAAUUCUGUAUCAAGCGAAGUUCAAAAUAUUAAAGAUAAAACUAAUACAUGUUAUGCUAACCCAUCGUUUCCAUGUCCAUUUUGUCCGCGUGUGUACAACAGUUGGGGAUAUAGGAGAAGACAUGUUAAAUCUAGACAUGUGACUAACAGGUUAUCAUGCAAGUGGUGCGUUUCAGUGUUGCCAUCUACUGGCGCUUGGUAUUCUCAUGCUACUAAAACCCACGGUGUGCCACAUGAAGAGGCUAGGAAUUCUUUGGUGGUUAUGGUUGAAGCUCAUGCGGUACUCACAUUGAACGAACCCAGUGUUACCCAAUUAUUGGGUCAGGUUGGCAUCACUGAUUCAAAUGGUAGUGUUGCCAACGAGAAGACUAAUUAGGGUAUGUUUUUUAUAUUCAUAUUAGUUAUUAAG